AUGGCUGGUGCCGAGUCUGCACAGGCGAUGCCCAUGCGCGUGCGGCUUCUACUGGCCCUGGGCAUCGCCCACGCUGUUGCGAAGGCGCCCCGGCUGCGGAGGAAGGAGGCUGACCAAGCCUCCCUGCUUGAUGCCCAUGACAUUCCACAUGGCAUGGGCCCGCCGAGGCCAUUCGGUCGCAGCUUUCAUGACGCGCCGGUGGGCAAUGUAGCCUGGGUGAACCACCAGCAGAAGAUCUUUGUGAUUGGUGACAUGGACCCCACCGCACCGAUGGAUCGCCUGGAUGGAUCAAGUGAUCAUGCUUCCCUGACUGGCGCGAUGCCUGCGAAGCCCGGCGGAGAGACCGUCCUGUCGCUUGAUGAUGGCAAGCCUCCCAUGGCACCCGAUUGGAUGCCAUCCAAGCAAUUGAAGCAGCAGACCUUUCCGCAGCAGCCUCCCCGAGGCAACAGUGGGGUGGGCGAGGGAGGUGGCCUGGACAAUCCGGCCGGGGCAUCGCCCUUGGUCGAUAUCGACAAGCGCCGCCUCAUCGCCAAGCCUGACCGUCUGCGGCCCCCGCGUGGGCCUCCUGUGCUUGGCGGCUUGAAGCGCCAGCUGGAGGAUCCGGCGCAGAACUACCCGCUGAUGGCGCCGCAGGACCGCCUUGCCGCUGAGAUGGAGGCUGUUGACCCGGUGGACGAGGUCCCUGGAUACGUUGCCAGGUACCUCGGGCAAAGAGCGAAUCUGGACCAGCACCGCGCAACGGAGAAGCGCCUGGACGAGGAGUGGGACAGGGCAGACAUCAACAAAGACGGCGUCGUCUCGGAGGAAGAGUUCAGUGUGGAGUUGGGUGGAAGGCAGCAGAAGAAGAAGGACGAGAUUGAGAGGCUUUGGCAAAGAUACCACCAGUCAGAAAGCGUUUUCAUGACAAGGGAGGAGUUCUUCCGUCUGGCGCGCACAGGCUAUGAUCUGGGCACAAUUGCCCGCACAGAUGUGGCAUCUAUGAUGUCGGCCGAGAACAUGAAAGGCUUGGGCUACUGGGGUGCUGGCGCAACUUGCCCAGGGCACAGCUUUGUGACUGGCGUGCAGAUCAAGAAGAUGCAGGCCCAGCUGGCGGCCGCGGACGACAGCGGCGUCAACGCCCUGAAGUUCCGGUGCAGUGACGGCAGCGAGGUCAGCACCGCGGAAGGUCCUGACGGAGACUGGUCCAACUGGACCCAGUGCCCGGAAGGUCAAGCCGUGUACGGCUUCCGUUCGCAAGGCCGCUCUUCCAGGAGAGGCUUGGACAAUGCUGGCAUCAUGGGCCUGGAAUUCAGCUGCCGAAGGUCGGAUCUCAGCGAGGUGUCCAAGCUGAGCUUCUCGGGGAGUUUCAGCUACGAGGUGGCCUGGUCCAGAGAGCUACGUUGCGAGCCCGGCGCGGCCGUGUGCGGGGCACAGGCCAACGUGGUAAAGGAUGCAGCGGACAGCAUGGGUGUUGCAGACCUACGAGUCUACUGCUGCGACUCAGCGAUUGAUUGCUCGGAAGUGUGCGCCAAUGCAGAGACUGGCAUGCAGCUUGUCAAGUGCCGAGCUUGCGAGCAUGCCAAGAGCCACGCGUGA